GGCCGCGACAAGUCUCGCGAGAUUUAGGCUUCCUUUUAGCCAGGUGGCGGGAUCGUUGGCUGUGCUGAAUUGGCCGCAGCCGCCUGUCGGAGUCUGGAGCGACUUGGCCAGGCUGUCCCCGACCGGAACUAGAGAAAGCUGAGGCGCAAACCAUGGAAUAUUGGGAAUGUCCCAUAUUAUGAAGGAGGUAUGCUGGCAGCAACAGGAAGAUCCAUGAACAUGGAGGGGUUGGUCAGGUUCCAGGAUCUGUCUAUAGACUUCUCUCAGGAGGAAUGGGAGUGCCUGAAUUCUGCUCAAAAGGACUUAUACAGAGAUGUAAUGAUGGAGACCUACAACAGCCUGCUCUCACUAGGUCUCUCUAUCCCAAAGCCUGAUGUGAUUUCCUUACUGGAGCAAGGUAAAGAGCCCUGGAUGGUUUCAAGGGACGUCUUGGGAGGAUGGUGCCCAGACUUGGAGUUCAGAUGUAAGACCAAAUAUUCACGUCUGCCAAAAGAAAUCUAUGAAGUAACAUCAUCUCAGUGGGUAAGAAUGGAAAAACGUCAUAGCCUUGUGGGCUCCAGUAUCAGAGAUGACUGGGAAAACAAAGGCCAGUUUGAGCAACAAGGUAUAAAUCAGGAGCGACAUUUGGAAAAAGCAUUAAUGACUUAUGAAAAAAUGCCAACUUUCUGCCUACAGACAUCUCUCACUCUGCAUCAGAUUCAUCCUGGAGAGAAAGUAUAUAAAUCCACAGAAUCUAUGGCUCUUAAGUAUGGCUCAGAACUUACACAAGAGCAAGAAACCCAUACUAGUGAAAAACUCUAUAAAUGUAAGGAGUGUGAGAAGGCCUUUGGUCAUUUUUCCUGUCUUGUUAAACAUCAGAGAAUUCAUACUAGGGAAAAGCCCUAUGCAUAUAAAGAAUAUGGAAAAGCUUUUGUUUCUGGUUCACAUCUUAUCCAACACCAGAAAAUUCAUACAGAUGAGAGACCCCAUGAGUGUCAGGAAUCUGUGAAGGCCUUUAGACCGUCUGCACACCCUACUCAACAUCAGAGAAUUAAUACUGGUGAUAAACCUUAUCAAUGUAAAGAAUGUGGAAAAUCUUUUACUUCUGGCUCAACACUAAAUCAACAUCAGCAAAUUCACACUGGUGAGAAACCCUAUCAUUGUAAGGAAUGUGGAAAAUCUUUUACUGUUCGCUCAACACUAAUUCGACACCAGCGAAUUCACACUGCUGAAAAACCUUAUGAUUGUAAGGAAUGUGGAAAAUCUUUUGUUUCAGUCUCAGCAUUAAUUAGACAUCAGCGAAUUCACACUGGUGAGAAACCCUAUGAGUGUAAGGAAUGUGGAAAAUCUUUUACUUUUCGCUCAGCACUGAUUCGACAUCAGCGAAUUCACACUGGUGAGAAACCCUAUCAUUGUAAGGAUUGUGGAAAAUCUUUUACUUUUCGCUCAGGGUUAAUUGGACAUCAGACAAUUCACACUGGUGAGAAACCCUAUGAUUGUAAAGAAUGUGGAAAAUCUUUUACUGCUGGCUCAUCACUAAUUCAACAUCAGCGAAUUCACACUGGUGAGAAACCCUAUGAUUGUAAGGAAUGUGGGAAAUCUUUUGCUUCGGCCUCAGCGCUACUUCAACAUCAGCGAAUUCACACUGGUGAGAAACCUUAUUGUUGUAAGGAAUGUGGAAAAUCUUUUACUUUUCGCUCAACACGAAAUCGACAUCAGCAAAUUCACACUGGUGAGAAACCCUAUGAUUGUAAGGAAUGUGGGAAAUCUUUUGCUUCUGGCUCAGCACUACUUCAGCAUCAACGAAUUCACACUGGUGAGAAACCCUAUCAUUGUAAAGAAUGUGGAAAAUCUUUUACUUUUCGCUCAGGGCUAAUUGGACAUCAGGCAAUUCACACUGGUGAGAAACCCCAUGAUUGUAAAGAAUGUGGAAAAUCUUUUACUUUUCGCUCAGCACUGAUUCACCAUCAGCGAAUUCACACUGGUGAGAAACCUUAUAAUUGUAAGGAAUGUGGAAAAUCUUUUACUGUUGGCUCAACACUAAUUCAACAUCAGCAAAUUCACACUGGUGAGAAACCCUAUGAGUGUAAGGAAUGUGGCAAGACCUUUAGACUUCGUUUACGACUUACUCAACAUCAACAGAUCCAUACUGGUGAGAAAUCUUACCAAUGUCAGGAAUGUGGGAAAGCCUUUACCAGUGUCUCAGGACUCACCCAACAUCACAGAAUUCACACUGGUGAGAAACCCUAUGAAUGUCCAGAAUGUGGGAAGGCCUUUACACAGCGUACAUAUCUUAAUCAACACCGGAGAAUUCAUACUGGUGAGAAACCUUAUGAAUGUAAAGAAUGUGGGAAAUCUUUUACUUUCUGCUCAGGACUAAUUCAACAUCAGCAAAAUCACACUGGCGAGAAACUCUAUGAUUGUAAGGAACGUGGGAAAUCUACUUCUCGCUCAACACUGAUUCAACGUCAGCAAACACACACUGGUGAGGAACUUUAUGAUGAUAAGGAACGUGGGAAAUCUUUUACUUCUCAUUCAACACUAAUUCAACAUCAGCGAAUUCACACUAGUGAGAAACUCUAUGAUUGUAAGGAAUGUGGGAAAUCUUUUACUUCUAAUUCAACACUAACUCAACAUCAGCGAACGCACACUGGUGAAAAACCCUAUCACUGUAAGGAAUGUGGGAAAUCUUUUACUCUUCGCUCAGCACUAAUUCAACAUCGGCCAAUUCACACUGGUGAGAAACGCUAUGAUUGUACGGAAUGUGGAAAAUCUUUUACUUCUCACUCUACACUAAUUGAACAUCAGCGAAUUCACACUGGUGAGAAACCCUAUCAUUGUAAGGAAUGUGGAAAAUAUUUUACUUUUCGCUCAGCACUAAUUCAACAUCAGCAAAUCCACACUGGUGAGAAACCCUAUGAUUGUAAAGAAUGUGGGAAGGCCUUUAGACGUCGUUCAAAACUUACUCAACAUCAACGAAUCCACACUGGUGAGAAACCUUAUCAAUGUCAGGAAUGUGGGAAAGCUUUUGUCCGUUUGUCAGGACUCACCAAACAUCACAGUAUUCACACUGGCGAGAAACCCUAUGAAUGUAAGACAUGUGGGAAGUCCUUCAGACAGCGUACACACCUUACUCUACAUCAGAGAAUUCAUACUGGUGACAGACCUUAUGAGUGUAAAGAAUGUGGAAAAUCUUUUACUUGCGGCUCAGAACUAAUUCGACAUCAGCGAACUCACACUGGUGAGAAACCUUAUGAUUGUAAGGAAUGUGGGAAGGCCUUUCGAUGUCCUUCACAACUCAGUCAACAUAAACGAAUCCAUACCGGUGACAAAACAUAUCAAUGUCCAGAAUGUGGGAAAGCCUUUUUCUAUGCCUCAGGACUCAGCCGACAUUACAGUAUUCACACUGGUGAGAAGCCUUAUGAAUGUAAGACAUGUGGGAAGGCCUUUAGACAGCUUACACAGCUAACUCAACAUCGGAGAAUUCAUGACCUAACAUAAUUAAUGUAGGAAACCAUUCUCAUGCCAUUAGUUUGACAUGGAUCAUCAGCAGAUUCCAUAUGUGGGUCAAACACAAUGGAUGUGGGAAUUCCUUUUACUUCAUAUUCACUUUUUUCAAAAUUAGGAAAUUUAAUACUGAAAGAAGUUGAUAACGAAUGUAAAUGAGUUUUCUAUCAUGACUCAAAGCUUGUUGAAAUACAAAUUCAUAUUAGAGAAUGUGGUCAAUGACAAAUGACAACCAUUUACUACCUAUGUGACAUUUGGCUAAUUAUGUAAACUCUCUGUGCCAAAAUUAUUAAAUGAUAAAAUGUUGAUAGUAUUAGUUUUU